UUGUGUACAUUUGUCUGUGCUAGUCGCAAAAAGUAAUCAGCUGACCGUAGUAGCAGUAGUCGAAAUUAAACUCUCCAAUCCGAAAAAUAGAAUCACUAACUUUGGAACUUAGUGCCCCGAAUUGAUAAUGACCAUCACGACAAUCAUCACCGGUUCAGUUUCAGUGUGUUGCAAGCAUACCUCCACCUGAUAAAAUGAUCCGUUUCUCGCUGUAUAAACUGGUUAUGCUGUUGUUUUUCAUCCUUGCCUUCUACUACAUAGCCCGGUGGCAAAUUGUUUUACAUAAUGGCAACGAGUCACACCCCCAAAGAUUCCUGCACACAUGCAACGUUUCGGAAGCGUACCGUAACGAGUUGGAGCAAUUGUUCCACAGGGUUCACGAGAUCCUUGCGCGUCAAGGUGUGACGCACAUCCUCUGCUAUGGGACCCUCUGGGGUCAGAUUCGCAUGACAAAGAUGUUGCCUUGGCGCAAGAAAGCGGAGUUCUGCGUGUUCAAUGAGGAAUUGAUGGCCCGUGAAGAGGCGAGCUUUCUGCGGGCGUUCUAUAGCAAUAAUUUGAAGAUUUACUACAUUCACUCGGAAGGACUGUAUAGGAUAUUUGCGGAAAACCCCGAUGUGGGUCCAUACGUUGAGCUGAUUGUCUUCCAACGGGACGAUGCGCAAUCAAUGUAUAAACGAGUUGGCUGGAAGCGACGACUGUUGCCACCGCACUGCGACUGGACGCCGUCGUUGGACUGCUUUCCCAUUCAUUUGCUGGAAGCUUCGUUGCCACGGCGCAAACUGGGCCGUUACUUCUACAGUGUGCCAAUGGGAGGAAUCGAGCUGCAGAAAUACCACUACACGCAGAACUGGUGGAAGGAUAUUCGGGUGUUCAACUGUUAGAGUUGUCGAAUUGCGAAUAAAGAAGCAAAUGAAAUCUGCACAAUUGA